GUCAUUCAUUCUUUGAACGAUUUAUUUUGUCAUUGUCAUUUGUAUUCCAAAGGUGUUAUUGAAAAUAUUUUCAUUUAUAAUAUCUUUAAUUCCUCUUUGUGCGCUCUUGAUAAGUUUACAUAAUGAGUUUCGACAUGGCAGUGACUGGCCAAGAAAAGGAAGAACGAAAAUACUAUGAUCGCAAUAAAAACGACGAUUUGCAGAUCUCCAGAACAGAUAUGAAUAUGUUGAUAAUGAAUUAUUUGGUAACAGAGGGGUUCAAGGAGGCAGCUAUAAAGUUCCAACAGGAGGCCGGACUCCAAGAACCGGCUCUCUGCAGCUCACUGGACGAGAGGAUCAUGAUCCGUGAAGCAGUGCAGACCGGCCGCAUACCUGAUGCCAUCGCUAUGGUCAACGCUCUUCACCCAGAGUUGUUGGACAAUGAUAGAUACCUGUACUUUCAUUUGCAGCAACUUCAACUCUUGGAGCUGAUCCGCGCGGGGCGAGCGGAGGAGGCUCUUGCAUUCGCCAGCGCGACCCUUGCAGAGGCUGGGGCUAACGACCCUAACGCGUUGACUGAGCUGGAGCGAUCGCUGGCGCUGCUCGCCUUCCCAGACCCUCACGCGUCACCCUUCGCCGAUCUCUUGCUGCCUUCGCAUAGUCAAAAGAUCGCAAGUGAACUCAAUGCUGCGAUACUCAAGAUGGAAAACCAAGAGUACACAAAUCCGAAGCUGUGCAGCCUGCUGCGCAUGAUCCUGUGGUCGCAGAGCGAGCUCGACAAGCACAACAUCAAGUACCCCAAGAUGACAGACCUCGCCAACGCCACCAUAGAGAAGCCAAAAAAUUGGACAAUUUUAGGCAUGGCCGGAGACUGUGAUCUGCUGCUUCCCCGCUGAUGACCACAACGGAAUAAAACAGGACAAUUGGACUGUAAGACAUUACUACUAGCAUUUUUAUCAAUCUUAAUAUAUUUCGGGUAUGCAUCUCGUUUUACGGGUCAGACGAAAAUAAAACUAAUAUUUAUGAUGCUAGGUUAAUCGUAAAAUUAUAUUUUAACUCUUUCUAGGAUGAUUAAGAUAUUAUAUAGAUUUCAUUGUUUCACUUGUGUGUUUCUGAACAAUCUAUCACAGCACACGGAUCCACAUCGACGUUCAGUUCAGUUGGCGGGUACAACCAUCGUAUCAUAGUGUCGCUCAGUUACCUCCACUUACAACUUUGCAUAUGUAAAAGUUUUACGGACGACCAUCAUUUAACAUCCAUGAUAAAAAAAUCUCUGUAAUUUAAGUAUUUUAUAUGUAAUAUUUAGAAAUAAAAAUAUUAAUUAUUAAGAAAUA